UUCACUCAGCUGACUACGUUUAAGCAAAUAGUUUUUCGGAAUAUUAUUUUUGAAUUGACUACAAAAAAAAUUGUUAAAUAAUAUAGUUAUGUAUUUGUCAGUGCGAUUAAGAAAACUGCAGCCAGGUGCUCGCACUGUAUAUCGCUGUUUAAGUACAUUACCUAACCACAAGUCUGAGGAUGACGUGAGUGCAACUGUCAAAAGAGUUCGCCAGGAGCUCGCUCUAGAUAAACAACAACUCAGUUGGAGAACUCCAAUUGGAGAUCGCCCGGAGGAUUGGAAUAGCAAGUUGAAACUUUUCGCUAACACGGAGCAAACUUCAGAUUUUAUUGUCAUGAUGCAGCGGCCUAUCGAUCUGAGCCCGAAGAACGUAAAGAAAUGGUGGACAAAACGACAGGAACGCAUCGAACGACAUAUGCAACAAUUUGUGCCCGAACGUCAUAAAAUUCUCGGCCCCGAGUUGGCAGCGGCACAUUUUGUACUUUAUAGAGGGGGUGCAGCCAAGUUCUUGAAUGACAAGCGAUGGCAUCGUGCCUCAGAGGAUGGCGAAUUCAAUUUGCCAAAUAAAUUUGAUGCUAGUUAUAAACUCGAGGCUCUACGCUGCGAUAACAUGCAGUUGUACUACGAGGGAUUAGAGAAUCUACGCUGCUUGGAGCAUCUUAAAUUCCUAUCCUUCCACAACGUAAAGCCAAUCGAUGACUGGUGUUUGGAUCGAAUUUCCGGUGGCGACUACCCACACCUGGAGGUACUGGAUAUAUCCAAUACUUCGAUUACGAGUAGAGGAUUAACCUGCCUCUAUCGCUUGCCUCAGCUGAAGCUUCUCAUUAUCGAUGAUCCCAAGCAAUCACUCGAAAUGGAAUUAUCGGUUGCCAUGCUGGAGCUCGCGAUGCCGCCAUUGAAAGUCGUGUCCGCUGACAGUAUACAUGGCAACAUUUAACUUUGUUAAAAUAUACAUUUUAUCAUUUGUUAUUUAUAUAUCACAAUUUUG